AUGUCUGAAACAUCCAGCUCAGGACAAUUUGACUCACAGAAGUCGGCCCCUGCACCUACGUCUGCUCCGUCCGCAACGCUGGGAACCCUCCCACGGCAUACGGUAAAUCAUCGAGCUUGCAAAGAGUGCCGCCAGCAGAAGCUCCGGUGCGACCUAGUCAAUGCGGAGGAUGCUGAGUCAAGCAACUGCUCACGAUGCCGAAAAUUAGGAUUAGAUUGCAGAAUUGAGGAAACGUUCAAGAGAACCAGAAAGAGAAAGAGAUCGCGUGACUAUGAGCAAGAGAUCGAACAGCUAAAGCAGCAACUUUCUGUACAGACAGCCAGCCCGCCAUUGUUAUGGAGUACCUCUGCGCCGGCCGCAGCUGCGGCUUCGUUGACCGGCCCAAUCGAGGGCAUUUCUCAAGAGGAAAGGAGCGGCGCAGACGUGCCAUUGUUUAAGGCCAUGACUCUAUCCACGACUGUACCAGAGGGCGUCUCGCCCGGAGCUCCUGAUCCCUCCAUCAUUCCAGGAGUAACCACCGUCCCCCUAGAUACAAGUCUGGUAUCGCGAAGACUAACGGCGACAUUGAACACUGGCCGAGUAGUUCUCGGCCAUAUCGAGCUGAGUGCGCAAGACGUCAACGAGCUUUUCGACCUUUACUUCCUAACAUAUCAUCCUUAUCUGCCGUUCCUUGACAGUGCAACCACUCCACAGCAAUACCUUGAGGCCUCUCCCCCGCUUUUCUGGAUGAUUAUCUCAAUUGCAGCGCGACGUCUAUCCACAAAUCCAACGCUGCUGACAGGACUAGCCAGAUCAGUCCCGGAUCUUGUUUGGAAAGCACUCCAGGGUUUGCCACACACCCUGGGCUUGAUACAAUGCCUGAUCUUGAGUUGUACGUGGCCGUUUCCUGUGAGCAGCACCACCAUCGAUCCGUCGUACAUGCAUGUCGGUAUAAUGAUGCAAGCUGCUAUGCAAAUGGGCUUGCACAGACCAGCAAAUCCGGAGGACUUCACAAAAUACCACUUGAAGCUGAGCAAUGGCCAAAUUGCCGAACGACGACGCACAUGGAUUGCAUGCAACAUCGUUGCACGCUUAGUGAGCAUGGGCGUUGGCCUACCAACUCCUUCCCCAUUGACCAACCCAUCCUUAAUGUCUCUUUCCAAUCUGGAUGCGAUGCAAGACCACCAGUUGGAUUUUGUUCUCAGGUGCACUGAGAGACUCCACGUUCCAGACUUAAGUUCUUCACGCGAUCGCCCUACUCUAUAUGCUAUCCUAGAACACGAAAUCUCCCAGCUGGAAGCUAACAUGGAUGCAGCAUCAAAGUAUCAAGUCCUCUACCUGCUCAGCACUAAACUUAAUCUUCAGACCUGGUUUUUGUUCGACGAACCAGCGGUACCAGGUUACGCCCACCGAAUUGGUAUGCUGUAUUCCACUGCUUGUGCUAUGGUUCAGCAUAUUCAACCAUUUCAAGAGGGCCAAUUCCCAAACGACCUCCCGAGUUCCCUGCCCUUCUUUUGCUACCAGAGCUUUGUUUGUGCUGCGUUUGUGCUGCUCAAGAUCUUAAAGAAUGCUUAUUUCGCGUCGAUUCUAGAUGCUGCUUCUGGAACCAAGCUUUUAAACUGUGCUAUCAUGUCGCUACGACGGAUUUCGGUCACCAAUAACGAUUUGCCAGGCAGAUUGAGCGACGUCCUUGCUUAUCUUUGGACCUAUCCCGAACGAACUCUUGUCAGUGGACAGGAUAUUCGAGGACUCAAGUUGAAGGUUCAAAGUCGAAUGAGCAUGAGCAUCGUCUACGACUCUCUCUGGCGAUGGCGAGAACAAUUUCAACGCGACCAAGCUUCGGGGGUGACCAUUGAGCAGAAUAAUGGUAAGAAUUGCUCCAUUUCUAUGUCUUUGCCUAGAAUCCUGUACUGA